AUAUCGUUCUUAAUCAGUUGUUGUUCAUUCGUUUGAGCGCGGUGUGUUAUUUAUUGUGAAUUAAAUUUUGACAAUGUCUGCGAAAUUCAUCGUAAUAUCGCUGUUGUCUUGUGGCAUUACCACAGUGGUAUCAAUUAUUUACAUCACUUUGUGCUGCCUCGUACUCAUCUAUCGGUCUGAUUGCUCCACCGCCCAAACAAUAGUGCAAAAUUCUGAUUAUCUACUCCAUUUAAUUUACCGACAAUAUAUAAAAGAUGAUAAUUGCUUCAGUUCUUUAGCCAUGCCUGAUUUAAUGCACUCUAAUACAGUGUUCGUGCUGACCGCAGUGUCUUUAGCCUUGGCUGCUGCCAGUCUCGCAGCUGCCUUGUCUCUUGUGGUAGCGAUAUUCAACAGAAAAUGUUGGUAUUACCUGGAUUUUGGUACCUACGUGCAUACGGGUUUGUGCGUAGCAACGCUCGUAGUUGAUAUCAUUUUUGCUAUACAUUUCGGAAUCGAUUACACCACCCUCAAAGUCAAGCUGAAUGCAGAUAUUUUAGAUGAGCCCACAAAAUAUUUAAUAGAUAUGAUGCGGAUCGGUGCGUUCUUUCUAAUGGUGCUGACCAUGAAGGGGUUCGUGACACACGCAAUAAACUUGGUGUUGCUGGUGCCAUUGAUCUAUUACUUGCCCAAGAUAAACACGGAAGGUAAGGACCAACAUUUGAACCAUAUCCGAGGAGUUUUGAACUCCUCUACAAGAAAUAGCGAGUCACGGCCGAUACAGAAAGGUGCAAUAUCGAAUCUAGAUCCUGGUAAAAAUGUAUACCCUAGUACUAUGCAUAACGAAGAGGUUUCGCAAACAUCGGAUAGCGAAUUUUUGCCUGUGAGUUCUUUGCAAGGAUACUCCACACCGAAAGCUCACUUUGGCAUGUCUCCGCCUAGGCCAUUUACAUACUCGGAGGGGUUAACAUCGACAAUGCUAAGGUCCAAGUCGCCCAAGCCACCGAAGCCUUAUACGCCAAACCCCGACUAUUUCCACUAGUCGGUUCUACCUAAAACAACCACUGAUGGUUCGUUAAAUAAAGUUAUAAAUGGAAUAUGUAAU